AUGGGGCCCAGUGGCCCAGGGUGGCAGGAAAGCCUGGACUACAACCAAACAGCCUGUGAGCCGGGCCCUGCGCUAGGGAGCCGGGCACACCUGCCCCCUUCAGGAGCUCACGGCCAAGCGGGGAAUACCCAGCUGGCCCUCAGUCCCCUGGGCAGUGCUCCUUCCUGGAGGCCCCUGUCUGGGCUGGGGAGUGGGGUGCUGAGGUCCCUGUGGAGCCCCUUGUCCUGGCCGAAGGCCCAGGCCAACAGGGCCAACCUCAUGCAGCCUCAGUUUCCUCCAGCGCAGGAGCCGAGCUCCACCUCCCACCUGGACCUGCCGGAGAUGGAGAAGCUCCUCACCAAGGUAAAAGACAAGGAUGACAAGACCCUGAAUCUGUCCAAGUCCCUCUCGGGGGCUCUGGAUCUGGAGCAGAAUGGCCACAGCCUGCCCUUCAAGGUGAUCUCCGAGGGGCGCCGGGAGGCCCCACUCCCCCGGUCCCCCUCCAGGGCCAGCUCGAGGCGGGCAUCCUCCACUGCCACCACCUCCUUCGCCCAGGACCAAGAAGUUCCCAAAGAUUACCUCAUCCUCGCCAUCGCCACUUGCUUCUGCCCCGUCUGGCCCCUCAACCUCAUCCCCCUCAUCUUCUCUAUCAUGUCCCGGAGCAGCGUGCAACAGGGGGACCUGGAUGGGGCCCGGAGGCUGGGCCGCCUGGCCCGGCUGCUCAGCAUCACCUUCAUCGUCAUGGGGACGGUCAUCAUCAUCGUGGCUGUGACUGUCAACUUCACAGUUCAGAAGAAAUAAAACUAACCAGGGAGCUGUGCUAGCAGAGGCAGGCCCUGGCCAGCUGGACCCCUCUGAACCCACACAUCCCACACACCACGGGGGGACAGGGUGGUGACUGCCAAGUGCCCACCUGUCCCUAAGUCCAAAAGCACAAACUCAGAGGGAAACCCUUA